AAAUCACAUUUGCGGCUGCUUUAUUAACAUUGACCAUCAAUGUUUUCCACAUGUAAAAAGCAUAGUGUGCAAAUGUUUUCAGUUCUCUUUACUCUCUGACAAUCAAACAUUAAAUCCAGCCACAGCCAAUUGCUAUUGGAGGUCACUCUGCUGGUAAAUAGAGUCGCACUGUAUGCAAUUUUAGCUCAAUAUAAAUCACAGCUGUUCUGUGACGUCCUCAGAGGUUUGUCAGAGAACAUUAAAGAACAAACAACAUCCUGAUAAAUAUUAGUUGAAAUGUCCACAAAUUGGGCCUUAGCGGAAUGUGGGAGGCAGAGAAAACAUUUGGAAGAAGGUGCUCUGAAAAAUGGAGAUUUCUGGGUCACACGCCAAAUGUUUGGAGUGGCAGGAAUCUAACACUGAUCAUCACCCUGAACGCCUCCUGGAGAAGCAAGGUGGUGGCAGCAUGAUGUGGUGGGGAAGCUGUUAUUUUCAGCAGGGACAGGGAAGCUGGUCAAAGUGGAUGGGAAGAUGGACGGCGCUAAAUAGGGCAGUCCUGGAGGAAAACUUGCUAGAGAAGACUUGAGAGCAGGUUUACUUUCCAACGGGGCAACAACUAAGAAGCAGGGCUACAAUAAAAUGAUUUGGAUCUAAGCACAGAGUCAUGUGUUAGAAUGACCCAAUCAAAUUCCAGACAUAAAUUAAGUUUAAAAAAAGUCUUUGGUACUAGUUGGACGUUCCUUAUCACAGAAGCUCUCCAGCUAAUAUCACUGAACUUCAGCUCCUAAGUAACAAGAACAAUUGUCGCGUUCAGUUUUUACAUGAUAGAGAAAUAAAACUGAAGUUCUGUAAUUACAGCAAGAAAUGGGUCUAUAAGGUAAUAGUAGGUUGUAUGAAAAUGUGUGGCGUAUACUUCCUACCUCAACACUACUUUGUGUUGGUCUGUCACACACUGUCCCAAGCAAAUACACUUGAGCUUGGGAUUGUAAUGUAGUAAACUUCAAGGGCUGUGAACCCUCUUCAUGCAGGGCCAUGUAUCCGUUCUUUCAAACCUGAAUGCCUGAUUGAUUUUAUGAAGUCAUACAUGUCAGAGAUGAGACAAUAAUGACAUAACUGCUUUUCAAUUAGCAGCCGUCUCUUAUUGCCCCCCAGUUGUCUCAGCUGUGAAUACACUGCAGAGGUUUUAAUGAAUGUGAACAGCAAGGACUCCCAGGUGACCCACUGGUGCUGCGGAGUGAUAAUGAAAAGGGAGGGUACUUUGUAGGAACUCGUCCAUGCCGCUGCCUCCCCCCAAUUAUUCAUUCAUCGGAGGUGGUGUGCGACCGGAGAAGCACGCUCGAUGUUUGCUCAGUCAGCCAGCUGAGCAUGUUGAUGCUCUGAACUCGGAGAUGAGGGGGGCGCCCACAUCUAUAGGAGGCUCUGGGAACAUCACCUUUUGGGAGGCCUACAUUGACUUCGCCCUCGUGGUGACAAACAGUUUUGUUCUGCUAAUCACCUCCGCUGUGGGAACAGCGGCGAACGUUUUUGUGAUCCUGGCGGUGUGUCACCAAAAGUCACUGCAAACGUCUGUCAACGCGCUGGUGGUGAACCUUGCCGUCGUGGACUUUCUGCGUUGCACCGUCGACUGCCCGGUUCUGCUGCACGUGAUUGUGACCCUGCACCGCGGAGGGCAUGUGGACCGUCUGAUCUGUGAAACGCAAACGGCCUCCUUCUCCUUCAGCUGCUGCAUCCAGCUGUCGACGCUGGGCUGCAUAAGCGCAGAGAGAUACCAGGCGAUUGCGAAUCCCUUCAAAACAACUCAACGGAAACGACGGAUGAUGGCACUCAUUCCUCUUACGUGGCUCCUGGGAGUUUCAGUGGCUGCUGUUUGUCAGGUGUUCUUGAAAGACUCACCUGUGUACGUAAGAUGUAAAGAGGGCCAAAGGGGAACGUCCUCGACCUACGACACCGUUGGUCUCUACAUGCUGCUCCCUCUCUGGGUGUCCUGUUUCGGGGUGAUCACUGGCUUCUACGCUCGCAUUUUUGCUCUACUGAGAUCACACAAUCGCAAGAUAUUUGAUGAAGGCACUUCUGUUCCUUCAAAAGUCUCAAAGGAAGACAAGCACACCCCUGCGGUGGAAAAUGGGCAAGACAAAUGUGAGAACAAGCAGAUCCUGAGUACAAGUGUUGUUGAACCAAGUCCAAUUGGUAAAAACUCCCUCCUGGCCUCGGAGGGCGCCCCACAAAGCGCCUCCAUUACUCCUGAAAGAAAAACCGAGUUUAAAAUUACAGUAGAGAUGAGUCACUUGGAGAAGGAACAACUCCACCCUCUUGCAGCGCAGGACGCACUGCAGACUGUGGAGAAAAUGUUAAAAACGGAGCAAAGCAGUGCUGACAAAACAGAAGCAAAAACCUCAAAUCAGGAUACACCUGCUGACAGAGAGACACAGGAGAAGUCAAGAAGCCUUAACCAAGAAAGUCAGACCGGAGAAAGCCCGAAACCUGAAAGUCCAGUCAAAGAGAACAGCCUCCUUAUUGUACCAUCUACUCAAUCAGAGCUCCCUAAAUCUACCUUUGUCUUACUAACUGGCCUGAAACAAGAAAACAACAGCACCGGAGGAGAAACACAGGCAGCACCUACGCUAGAUCAAGAGCCUCCACUGCCUCCUGUCCAAAGUAAUGAAGCUGUAAACCUGGAGGUCCAGUUGGAGGGGGCUGUCUGCGUCAUGCCUUCGAAGGCCAGCAAGGAGAGAGCGAGCAAAAGGAAGGAAACUAAAAUGGCCAAACGCGCCGGGUAUAUCAUCAUAACCUUCCUUUUGUUCUGGCUGCCGCUGAUCACAACCAUCCUAGUGAAUUUUCUUGUCCACAAAAACAGGAAAAUGCAGAAGCCAGUCAUUCAAGACAUGGAGAUCCUGUCAGUGUCUGUCUCCUGCAUCACAUCCCUGAGCGACCCGAUAAUAUACGCUGCAGUGAACCCACAGUUUCGCUCAGAGUUUUACAAGCUAAGGAGCUGGGUUAAAUCCAGAUUCUAUAGGAAGUGAGAACAUCUCCGACUUUUACACUCUGAUAAAACUGGAUGCACACGUUUGGAUUUAUGGCACCCUUUAAAGUGUGAUUUAGUUCACAUAUGGUCAAUUUACAGCGACAAACACCAAAGUGUUUUUUCAUAAGGACGUUGGGUGAUUGGCUAAAUCGUGGAGUGAAAGAAGACUUAGAUCAUAAAUGUGAUUUAUUUGCUAAUUUCGGGAUGAAAAUACAAACAUGUGUACUCUAAUUACUGUUCUGGAGAUUAUAAAAGAUGCAUUGGCUUGUAUUUAGGGUUAUUACAUUAAAAGGAGGCAAAAUAAAAAUUCACAACAGUUUUUAUCUAUCUUCUGAGAAUUACUGUUUUUCUUUCUUAACUUUACAAAUACACACAACUCUGCGUUGUCUUGUCACAGAAAAUCUAAAUAAGACACAUUGAUGUUUUAUAGUUUGCAACUAGAGAUACACCAAUAAAUGAGCCUGAGAUCAGUCAUCAAAUUUGUCCUUUCUGAUAGAAUUUAUGGGUUUUUUCCAAUAAGUGGUCAAACACCAAAUAGAUCUUAUUUUUUUCAUAUUCAAUAACUGCACCAAAACUAAUCACAAUUUUCUGUAAGCACAUCAGGAACCGUUUUGAGUUUCAUUGAAACCUGAUGAUACACUUUUGUCAAAAAAAAUCUUGACUUGAAAACAGAGAACCUUCAAAAAAAAAAAAUUAUUUCUUACAUGUUUUAUAUUCCUUAGAAAACAAAAUCUGUCAAAUGAAAGAGCAGAAGGUCAGACCUUAAAGAUCGGUAUCGGUCAGUAGAAACGUCCAGGUGUAAUAUGACAAGAUGUGAAGAAGUUAGUGGUGUAAAAACAGUUUUUUAAAGGCACAGUGGUACACAUCUGAUGUAAUAUAGUGCAUAGUGCCUGAUUAAAAAAAUAAAUACUAGUCUAAGUCCCUUUUGUAAGGGGAUUUAUUUCUUUUUUUUUUACAUUGAGGUUAUAGGAGGUCUUUUGUUUUACAAACCUCCAUGGUUUCUCCCAUAUUCCACCUGCUGGCUUCUCAGCGCUUGCUAAACGCUACAGAGCAGAGGCAUCGCAUGCUGUGAGGAGCUGCUUAGACCGACAUUCAGCUCAGCAGGGCGGCGCCACAGAGCUCCACGCCAAACAAUCACUGAGGUCAGCUGGUGUCUCCAGAGACCCCGCUGCCAGGACCCACCGCUGGGCCAGCAGGUCCUCACAUGUUCCACAGCAGCUCCUCCUUAUGAUCCACUCUUUGUAAAACACACACACACACACCUGGAGUAAACAGGGAAGAUAUUAAAUUAUAAUUUAUAGCCCUCUCAUGAAAAAUGAAUGGUAAAAUAGGAAUUUCACAAAUUAUUGUGAAGGACAGAUAAAAAACAGACAUAAAUAUUUGUGUUAAACAACAGUAGUAAAAAUAUUCCAGGAUCCUUCAAUGUAAUGAAAUGAAAUGUUAGCUUGAUGAUGUUUAUCUAUACAUGUAACUUGUUAAUGUCCUGAGUUGCUCAAAUGUAUAUUUCCACAUAGAUUUUAUUUGAAUUGCUCCAGUCCCUACUGCAGCAAAAAAAGAAUAAAUAUAUAUAUAUAUAUAUAUAUAUAUAUAUAUAUAUAUAUAUAUAUAUAUAUAUAUAUAAACAAACAAAAAAAGAUGCAGCUACUUUUGUACUUCAAGCUUCCCCCUUUCUCCUCCAAAUCUAACAAUUGUCAUUUAUGUCCAGACACUUCAGUUUUUGUUUCAGCAAACUUCCUGAUAUGUCUGCAAAAACUAAGGUCUGAGUGCAUUUGUCAUCUGAAUUUAAAUUUCUUCACCAGAAGAAAAAUAGGGAACAAUUCUCUAAAAACUCUAGUUCUCAUUAUUCUGGCAUCAUUUUGGACCUAAAACAAGAACAUUUGUGCUUGGUUUCAUUGGAAUCAAUGAUAAAAAAAUGUUGUGUCUUUUUAAAUAGUGUAAAUAUUUUUGUUUCAAUUGUAUGUGCAGCUAUUAUUACAUCAACACCCUGAUGCACACAGAAGAAAACCGCUGUAGUGACCACCACUGUUAGGGGUUAAGAAGAGUAAAAAAGAAAAAGAAAAAAAGACAUGGGUCAUUUUAUAGAUGCUUCAGCAGAUCUGCACUGUUUAUUCUAUCCACUGCACCAAAUGCACAAUGUGUGAUAAAUUUGUCCCCUGUCUUUACCCUUACACACGCAGUCCAUGACAAGAUUUGUAUUUCAUUAAAAGCAGACUUUAAAAUCAGGACACCCGCGCCGCUCCGUUGUGCUCCAGCCCAUUAAUCCGGCCGUCACUGAAACAAACCUCCCAAGAAGAAGCAGACACACACUUUAAUUAAAACAUAAUUCUGCAAUGACAGCAUGCAAAUCAUUAAAUUCAACCAGGUAACAGACAGAAAGAGUUUUCUUCUUCUUUUUUUUUUUUUUUUUGCCAACAACUGGUCAAACUAAAUCUAGAACUUAGAGGAGCCAACUUCAGAUGCAUUUGAUAAAGUCCUAACUGAGAAAUAUUUA